AUGAAUGGAAGUAUCAACACUACCAGUGAGACAACGCCAUUCUCUGGACAGUGCCACAGAGACACCAGAGUUGCUCAAGUGGUAUUUCCAAUCCUGUACGCCAUUCUUUUCCUUGCUGGAUUUCUACUUAACAGCUUGGCUGUGCUGGCUUUUUUCAAGAUUCCAACCACAUCAAGUUUCAUUGUGUAUCUUUGGAACAUCUUGUUUUCAGAUUUCAUCAUGACACUUAUGCUGCCCUUAAAGAUUCUGGCUGAUUCCCAACUGGGACUGUGGCAACUUAAAGCCUUCGUUUGCCGUUUUUCAGCAGUGGUGUUUUACAGCACGAUGUACAUCAGCAUAGCGCUCCUUGGGCUCAUUUCGUUGGACAGAUUUCUCAAGAUCGUUCAGCCAUUUAGGAAGGUUUGGUUGCGAACUGUCACAGCAGCAAAAAUUCUUUCAGGACUUGUAUGGUUGUUCUUUUUCGGCCUCGCCUUGCCCAAUAUGAUUUUGUCAAACCGCAAAGCUACACCACUCUCUGUAAAGAAGUGUGCUUUGUUGAAGAGCCAUCUAGGACUGAAAUGGCAUGAAGCUGUUAGCUACAUAUGCCAAAUUGUCUUCUGGACUGUGCUGAUCUUAAUUCUCCUAUUUUAUGUUGUUAUUGCUAAAAAGAUAUAUAGCUCUUACAGAAAAACUCAAACAGCAGAGUGCAAAAUUAAGCAAAGAGCCAAGGGUAAAGUGUUUAUAAUUGUAGCUGUUUUUUUCAUCUGCUUUGCCCCUUAUCAUUUUGCCCGGGUACCCUAUACUCUAAGCCAAACUGGCAAAACCCGUGACUGUAACAUACAGAACCAAUUGUUCAUUGCUAAAGAAAGCACACUUUGGCUGGCAGCUACAAAUAUAUGUAUGGAUCCCCUUAUAUACAUCUUAUUGUGCAGACAAUUUGUAGAAAAAGCCUUCUGUGUUAAAAUGCGAAAAUCUAAAUGUACAAGUCAGGAAAAUCCAAGUAUUGCAUUAGACACUGGAGUAUCUACAUAG